AUGUGGACAUGGAUCGACGACCGCAAAAGAGAAGCAGAAGCAAUUGUCAAGCAAGAAGAACUUAAGUUUCACAAAGCGAAGAUAGAGAUGCAGGCAGAAAUCCAAGUUGAGCCACACCCCCAACAAGCGACGACGACGCCAAGCGACAUACAAGCCAAGCUGCCUAAACUGAUGAUAACGAAGUUUGACGGUACCUAUAUGGACUGGCCACGAUUUUGGGGACAGUUCACAGAAGCAAUCGAUAAAACGGGCGCUCAACCGAUCACGAAAUUUACCUACCUUCGAGAACUACUGGAUGUCAAAGUGAAAAGAGCAAUAGAGGCGUUGCCCUUCACGGCUGAGGAAUACAAUCGGGUGAAGAGUAUCCUAAGCGAGAGGUUUGGAAAGGAGUCAGAAAUCGUCAAAGCUUACAUCAAAGAGAUUCUGGAUCUCCCCUCAAUAUCAAGCCCAAACCCGAGAAAAAUUGGUGAAUUUAGCGAAAAGCUAACGUACUGUGUGCAAGCCCUGCAGACACUAAACAAACUGGAACAAGUCAAUGGGGCGGUGUCUAUGACACUAGACAAAUUGCCAGCGAUCCGCGGAGAUCUCGUCCGGACCGACCCCGACUGGGAAAGCUGGGACUUUGCAAAACUUUCAGAAGCAGUUCGAUUGUGGACCAGGAGAAAUCCAAUGGAUAUAAACCAGCGUGAGCGUGAGCAAGAACAGCAAUCAACAAAACGGAACGUACGCCAGCAAGCAAGAAUUUACCACACGCGUCGGGACGCCGAUGGUAAACCCCGCUGUUGGCCUUGCGUUUACUGCGGCGAAGAUCACAAAGCCAUCGAAUGUACAAGAGUGACACAUGUCGCUGAUCGCAGACAAAUUUUACUAAAUAAGCGUUUAUGUUUCAAUUGUGUGUCUGGGAACCACCGCGCGUUCUAUUGUCCGAGCAAAUCAGCCUGUCAACGCUGCCAUAAGCGUCACCACACGUCGAUUUGUGACACACCAAACCCGACAAACCAAGUUAACCAGCCACCAGCACAUGGAGUCGCUUUGACAACAAACCAAACUGUAGAGGGUCUGUUCCCAGUAGUCAUCAUUGAGGUCAACGGAAUUAAAUGCAGAGCGCUUAUCGAUUCUGGAGCUAGCAGUUCGUACGUGUCGGCAAAGCUGAUCGAACUACUUCGCUUAAAGCCAACCGAUGUCCAGACAAAAACGAUCGAUAUGCUGAUGUCCUCUAAAAUUGCCAAACUCGAAGUCUACGAUCUCGAAUUAAGAUCUGUCAACCAUCAAUUUUCGCUGUCCGUCAAAGCUACCAAAGUGAACAAGACAGAGUUGUUGUCUAUUGAAAACCCUAAUUAUCGCACGCUAAUUGAGAAGUACCCACACUUGAAAGGCGUAAAUGUUUACGAUGAUGACCCCCUGGCGUCUCUUCCGGUUCACGUGGUGCUUGGCAGUGGGGAGUACGCCAGAAUUAAAACGGAAACAAAGCCAAGAAUUGGACAAGAGAAUGACCCUAUCGCAGAACCCACCAAAUUCGGAUGGUUUCUGAUGUCCCCGGGAAAGGAGUUUGACAAAAACACCAUGCUUCUCACCCAGACAAGUCAAAGCAACUACGAAGAUCUGUGCAGAUUGGACGUCUUGGGAUUGCGUGAUAUAGCAGAUCAUGACCAGUCGAUGGUAUUUGAUGAGUUUAAGGAACGCCUAACACGCUCGCCAGAAGGCUGGUACGAGACCACCCUCCCAUGGAAAGCUAACCACGCAGAACUGCCCUCAAACAAGGAAGGUAGCUUAAAACGACUCAAGAACCUCAGUAGAAAACUUCAACGCGAGGAACUGACGGCUCAGUACGACGCGAUAAUUCAAGAACAGCUGGCAGAAGGCGUUAUCGAAAAGGCACCCCCUGUUUCACAGCCACAGAAAGAGUUCUACAUCCCUCACAAGAGCGUGAUUCGCAAGUCCGCUGAAACUACAAAGAUGCGGAUCGUCUAUGACGCCUCUGCCCGAGCGACACCCGAUUCACCAUCACUGAAUGACUGUCUGUACCCAGGGCCUGCGCUGCAAAACAAACUAUGGGACGUUCUAAUUCAGCAGAGAGCCUACCCAGUUGUCCUAGCGGGAGACAUUAAGAAAGCCUUCUUACAAAUCCGGAUUCACGAGAGUGAACGAGAUGCCCUCCGUUUUCACUGGCAGACAGAUUCGGACUCAGAAGUGCAGACAUUCCGGUUCACGAGAGUACUCUUUGGGCUCGCCCCCUCACCCUUUCUACUUGGUGGGGUUCUUGAAUGCCAUCUCGAUACCUGGGCGGAGAAAUACCCGGAGGAGGUAGAGCGGCUACGCCGAAGUUUCUACGUAGACGACCUGUUGACAGGCGGUCAAGACGUACAGCAAGCAAAAGCACGAAAGGAGGUGACGCAAAAAAUUAUGAAGGAUGCCACAUUUGAGUUACACAAAUGGCACUCGAAUCAUGCACAGCUGGAAGAUGACACCCAACCUGCACAAGGAGAGGAAGUUGCCCAGCCUACUUUACGUAAAAACAGCGCCCAAGCCACAUCAAGCGAAGAUCAGUCUUAUGCAAAACAACAGUUACUAGUCAAGCCAAGUGAGUCAAAGCUAUUGGGCGUAAAAUGGGACAAAUUCGAAGAUACUAUCGCCGUGCAGUUCCCAAGCGCGAGUAGUGCACCGACAAAACGUGAAGUACUGGCCAAACUAGCGAAAGUGUACGACCCCCUUGGCUUAGCGUCCCCCAUUACACUGCAAGGGAAGCAAAUCUACCGAGAAGCGUGCGACUGCAAAGUAUCAUGGGACGCACCUAUCCCAGAGAAUCUGAAAAUACGCUGGCAAAGGCGGGAGCAGUCGCUUCCGGCGGAAGUAACCACUCGAAGACCCUUAGCACCUUAUCAACAACCAGUCAUCUCCGCUGAGCUGCAUGUGUUUGGGGAUGCGUCAACUUAUGGGGUUGGAGCAGUGGUGUAUUCAGUCGUACGCCAAGAAGAUGGAAUCACUCAAACCCUGGUUGCAGCAAAAGCAAGAUUAGCCAAGAGAGAACUAACCGUCCCCAGGUUGGAGUUAGUCAGCGCUCACAUGGCUACCAAUUUAGUCAUCAAUGUAAGAAACGCUCUAAAAGAACUACCCGAACCCAUGAUCUACGGUUGGCUGGACAGCACCGUCGCCCUCCACUGGAUUGUAGGAAAUGGUCAGUACCGACAGUUCGUCUCUAACCGCGUGCAAAAAACAAGACAAUACCCACAGAUCCAGUGGAGACACGUGCCCACUACCGAUAACCCAGCGGACCUGGCGAGUCGAGGAGGCCAGGUAACUAACGCAGAGCUUUGGUGGAAUGGCCCAGCGUGGCUACGUAAUCCUGAAAUGUGGCCAGAGAACCCGGUUACCGUGAAAUCCGAAACCUCAGAAGAAGAGGCAAAAGUCAUCCGAGAAGUGCUAAGCCUAGCAAAUGAGAAACCUGAACAAGAACGGAACGUGUUCGACGAACUCCUAGAACGCCAUGAUUUACACCGAGCUCUUCGCAUCCAAGCUUGGGUGCGACGGUUCACCACUCACAGGGUGCGCAAGGGACCUCUUACUAGCGAAGACAUUCAAGAGACCAAGAACUGGUGGAUAGAAAGAGUCCAGUCUCAAGAUUUACAGAAACUGCACUUUGAACAGACCAGGCAGAAACUCAACCUCGUUUCCAAUGCAGAUAGAAUUCUCGAAUGUCAUGGAAGAAUUCAAGGAAAAUACCCAGUGUACCUGCCAGCAGACGCCGUGUUUACGAGGAAGCUUGUACAGAGGAUUCAUGUCGAAACCUUACAUGGAGGUGUGGCCCUUACCAUGGCAGCGAUUCGUGAACAGUACUGGAUCCCAACCCUGAGACAGCUAGUGAAGUCUGUGCGAUCUGCUUGUUGGGGCUGUAAACGUUUCAUAGCUUCACCCUUAACAGUACCACCCCCUGGACUACUGCCUAUAGACCGUACAGAUGGUGGAACAGCCUUCGAAGUUAUUGGCACGGAUUUUGCUGGUCCUAUCAAGUAUAAACAACGCAAGAAGGGCGAGGAGAAAGCUUACUUGGUUAUCUUCACGUGUAGCCUGUCCAGAGCCGUGCACCUAGAAUAA